GCGCAUGCUCGGAGCAACUGAGACUCCAGUAUUAUCUGUGGUUAGCCAAGCUCACAUUAGCUUCCGCUAACACUGUCUUUUCAUACGGGACUUUAAAAUCCAAACACGCGUAUCCACCUACUGAGCGGAUUUACGUGAAUUCACGUGAAAGAAUAUGCCCAAAAAUAAAGGUAAAGGAGGAAAGAAUCGGCGACGUGGAAAGAACGAGAAUGAGUCUGAGAAGAGGGAGCUGGUGUUCAAAGAGGACGGACAGGAGUAUGCUCAGGUGAUCAAGAUGUUGGGGAAUGGACGUUUGGAAGCCAUGUGUUUCGACGGCACCAAGAGGCUCUGUCACAUCAGGGGGAAACUCCGGAAAAAGGUUUGGAUUAACACGUCGGACAUCAUCCUGGUGGGACUAAGGGAUUACCAGGACAACAAAGCUGACGUCAUCCUGAAGUACAACCCAGAUGAGGCUCGCAGUUUGAAAGUGUACGGGGAACUGCCAGAGCACGCCAAACUGGACCUGGAUGCUCUGGGUAACAUGGACGAUGAGGUGCAGUUCGAUGACGAUUACGACGUCAGUGACGACGACGAGAUCGAGGACAUUUAAUCAGCUGCGUCUGAAGGAGGGAAUGUUGGACUUUACUACACUUGCUCCUAUUGAAAUAUCUGGAGCCGUAACAUCGAUGAAAAUUCUAAUUUUUAAUCUACGUCAAAACAACAGUUUAUUAACAAACAUAAAUAUGUUUCAAGUCAUUAAGCAUCAGAUUUUUUUUUUUAUUUUGAAAGAUUUUUGCAUAAAAACACGUCAAGAUUUCUGUAAGUUUAUUUAGCUCCUGCUUUAGUACCACAGUGUGCAGCUGGGGGGCACUACAGCUGGACUGCAGAUUCAGAUUGGGCUGAUUUAUCAGCAUAAAAGGAGCUCCUAGUGUAGCUAGUUUUUUUUUUUUUUUUUUUGUUUGUUUUUUAAAAAAAUUCUUCUGGCAUUCUGCCGCCUCAUUCGCUUAGUCGUAGCUCAUUUUUUCCCUUAAACAAAGACAUGACUGCAAACAAUCUCACACAAGAAACAAUAUCUUUUAAAGAAAAUGGUAUAUUUAUAUGGAUUUCACAUUUGCUGUGGAAUUUAAAUGAAGUUUCAGAAUCUCUGGGUUUAACAAUAAAAGGACAGAGUCAUUCUUGUUUUCUUUCUUUAUUGCAUAUAGUGUUAGACAUUUUAAGUCAUUAUUUCAUUUGCUGGUUUUAGAAAAAAAAAUCUGCAAAUUAAGUUGAUUGCUGUUCCCUAAAUUCAAAGAAUACUUUCACAAGAAUCUUUUCACUGUUUGUGUGUGUGUGUUCUUUCUGUUUUCUUUUUUUGCUGCUCACUCUUACAGUUUCAACACAGCAACGUUGGCCUGUAUGUCUCAGAACAGCUGUUUCUAAUAAACUGGCCCAACAUCAAGGCAGCUCCACCUGCUCUAACGUGCUCUACAUUGUACCAAGAUGGUAGUUAUAAACAGAAUAUAUUUUCCUCUUCCCUCAUGAAUCCUCCCUACAGGUGGCGUUGUAACUAAUUUUGGGCACUGCUGCUCUGAACACAACAUGGCCUGACCCUGCUGUAGAACUGAAUUUACAGAAAACUAUUGUACAAUGAUGUUUAAAGGUUGGGUUUCCAAUAAAGGUCUGAAAUCUU